CAACAAAAUCCAUUUGUCAUAUUUUAACAAUAUGAGAUUAAAUUAUUUAUUAUCCACACUGAUAAUAUUGGAAAGAAUAUUUUUUUCCACAAGUGUUCCUAUUGAUGACGCUAAAAAAGUCAAAGAUUUAGUGAAUGAUGAUGGUUAUCAAUUGGAAACACAUUAUGUGGAAACUGAAGAUGGCUACAUUUUAGAAAUGCACCGAAUUCCCAGGAGUCGUGCAAGCAAUGAAAGCACAUAUAAAAAACAUCCUGUUUAUGUAAAACAUGGUCUUGGUGAAUGUUCAGUGCUUUUUUUACUGACAGGUCCAAAACGAGCUUUAGCUUAUUUAUUAGUUGAUAAGGGAUAUGAUGUGUGGCUUGGAAAUAGUAGAGGAAGUAUAUUUAGUAGAAAUCAUUCCCAAUUUCUUUCAUCGAGCUUUGGAUUUUGGAAUUUUAGCUGGCACGAAAUUGGCCUUUAUGAUGAUUCAGCAAUGAUGGACUAUGUUUUGCAACAUACUGAAAACAAUAAAUUAUUCUACAUUUGUCAUUCCCAAGGUUGCACAGAAUUAUUUGUUCUUGUUUCACUUAGAACGGAAUAUAAUGACAAAAUACACUUGGCUGUUAAUUUAGCUCCAGCAAUAUUUUUGGAACACUUGUCUGGAUUAGCAAGAAUUGGAUCUUCAUUUUCUCACAUUGCUUCUUACAUUUUUGAAAAAUUUGGACACGUCAAUGCCUUAGAUGGAUCUACUUGGCUUAGAGUAGUGACUAAUUAUUUUUGUCAUAAGGAAAUGUUUACUCAACACAUUUGCAUAUUUAUCAUCAACUCAAUAGCAGGAUUCAGUUCUUUUAUGACAGAUAAAAAUGUUUAUAACAAAUUUUUAACAUAUUUUCCAUCCGGAGGAUCAUCUAAACAACUGUUUCACUAUGGAUUCGGAGCUCAUUCUCCAGCUGAAUUCAGACAAUAUGAUUAUGGACGUAAGAUAAACGAAAUAGUUUAUAAUUCGAGACUUCCACCGAAAUAUCCUUUACAAAAAGCUACUCUACCUGUAGCAAUAUUUUACGGCUCCAAAGAUUUUUUAGCUCCAUCUAAGGAUGUUGAAUUUCUGAUCGAAACACUUCCAAAUGUAACUUAUACCAAAUUAAUUGAAGGGUUCAAUCAUUUUGAUUUUUUAAUUGGGAUCAAUGUACGAAAUAAAGUUUACGAAGAAAUGUUGCAACUACUGGAGAAUUAUAGAAAGAAGAUAAUAUAUUGAAUCAUUAUUUUUAUCCUUUUUUCAACUUCUUAUUGUUACGAACGCCAAAUCCAAUUUUAGUCUUGUCAAUUGAAAUCUUUUUCAAGAUUGAUUUUAUUGCCAACCAAUAAAAUUAAUCCCAUAAUAAAAAAUUCAAUAUUUUCGUUUUAUAAAGAUAAAAUAUGAUAAUCAAUAGCUGAGUUUUUUUUUACAGGAUUUAUUUAUUUUUUCUGACU